UGUGACUUGGCCACGGUUAGUAUAUACUGUAAUACGAUCAGAAUCAGAUUGUUGAGCUCAAAAAUAGCAAACCCUAAACCCUCUUCCACUUAAGAACACUGUCCGUUACACUAUGCAUAUCUCCUACACUCAAAACGACACCGUUUGCACUCAAUUGAUUUUCGAACCCACCGCCAAGAGCCACCGUCUUAUAUCUCCGGCAGCCAGAUUGCCGGAAGAACUGAUCGUCGAGAUUCUCUUGAGACUUCCAGUAAGAUCCCUCCUUCAAUUCAAGUGUGUCUGCAAAUCAUGGAAAACACUAAUCUCCAAUCCCCAAUUCACAAAAACCCAUCUUCGAAUCUCAACCGUUGAACCAACCUUGACCCACCAACGAUUGGUCUUUUCCGCUUUACAAACUCCUCUCAAAAUCGUAUCUUACCCUUUGAAGCCAUUAUUCCAAAAUCCAUCAACUCCAGUUAAACCUGUUAAUUUCAAUGGCAUCAUGAAGCAUAAUUAUUCCAUUAUAGGUUCAUGCAAUGGCUUGUUGUGUCUGUAUUGUAAAUCUCAAACUUGUUUUAGACUCUGCAACCCUUCUAUCAAUUUCAAAUCUAAAAAAUCUCCAUCACAUUGUUGGAUGUUAAUUUAUUAUGGUUUUGGCUAUGAUCAAGUUAAUGAUAAGUAUAAGGUGCUAGUAGUUGUGCAAAAUAAGGAUGAUUUGAGUGAAACUUUAACCAAAAUUUAUACAUUUGGUGAAGAUUCUUGGAAAAUCAUUCAAAAUUUCCCCCAUACUACUCCUACUGAGGGGUUAGGGAAAUUUGUUAGUGGCACUUUGAAUUGGAUAGUUGAUAAAAAUAAUGUUAGGUCUAAUCAAGGUGUGAUACUUUCGUUUGAUCUGGCGAAGGAGACUUGCAUGGAAAUUUUGCUGCCUCAAAAUGAUGGCAAAGACAUGUGCACACCACGACGUAAGUUGUGUGUUUUGAAUAAUUGCCUUUGUGUUUGUGACGACAUUUAUAAAUCUGGAGAAUUUCAUUGGGUUGUGUGGUUGAUGAAAGAGUAUGGAGUUGUUGAGUCGUGGACUAAAUUGAUGAUCAUCUCUCGGGAGAAGUUCCAGAGUUUUGUUUAUGUUAUACCUUUGUUCAUUUCAGAAAAUGGUUCUGUUCUUGUAGUGGAUGAAUGGUCUUUCAAACUUAUCCUAUAUAAUUUAUAUAGUAGUGAAUUUGGUUAUCCCUGUCUCUUGACAAGUAGCUCCCUUGGGUUCAAUCCACAUAUUUACUGUGAGAGUCUGGUAUCACUGUGAUGGUAAAUCACAUUUGUGGACUGUGAUGUCUUCCAUGUUUUUGAGUGGAGCUGGGAGAAGAUAGAUUGUAAAGAACUUUAGCAUUUGGACGCGAUGUGGCAUGCAGCAUUACUGCAUUAGAGAGGCUUAAUGAAAUAUAGAACCUUGUGAAGUUUCUUGUGUCCUUGGCGUUAUUAAGAAUCAUGUAUUCAUUUAUGCAUUGAAUAUGCUAUCAUAGACAAGGCUUUCCAAAAGGUUUGGAUGGUGCCAUGAACCCCUGUCUAGCGAGCCGAUUAUCCCAUUCUUUGUUUAUAUUUUUAUUUAUGAUAUUUCUUUUCUGCCAAAUAUGAUUACUAAAUAUGGAAAUGGACCAUAUUAUGACUUUUUUAUUUUAUUAGUGUCAGUAUAUUCUCUUGAUUGACUAUGACAUUUCUUGGCUGUCUGUUGGAGCCACAAAACAAGAUGAAACAAAACCAAUGUAGUGAUUGGUUUUGUGCAGAAAUUAUUUUUGUGCAUGUGUAUUUUUUAAGUUGUCGAGCAUAUCCAAAAUAUAGUGUAGAUCAUUUGACGAAUGUUGCAGGAUUACUUACUAUUUACGAUAUUCGCAUAACCCAAAUUACACACCACAUGAUGAAAUUCUGGAUUUUUAUGAUAGUGACACAAGCAAUAAUUUCGGACGGAUACUAUGAUUAAAGA